AAACGCUUCGCGGCUAUAAAUUCUGUGGCAGGCAAAAAGUGUGCGCUCUUUUUCUACAAAACCGUAACGGAGAUAGGACGUGCGUGCUAGUUGCGUUUAUUUCAUUACCCGUCGGCUAAAAUACUUAUAAGAACCAAUCUGUGUACACUGCCCGCCCCGAGGCCAUAUCAUAUAUUUUCUAACAAAGAAAAAACAUAAGUUCGCUAAAAUUUUUUUUUGAAUAGAUCUUUGCGUUUUCAAUCGCGCGUGUUUAUCGCAUACUUUAAAUCAACUUCAACAACAAACAUUCAAAAUGCCGCAAAAGACAAAUGGACACGGCGCUGCCAACGGCUUCAACGGCAGCAAUGGCAACGGCAAUUCCUAUGACAUGGAAGAUGGACAGACAUUCCUAUUUACUUCCGAAUCUGUAGGCGAGGGACACCCAGACAAAAUGUGUGAUCAAAUCAGUGAUGCUAUCUUGGAUGCACAUCUAAAGCAAGAUCCCAACGCAAAGGUUGCAUGUGAAACUGUGGCAAAGACUGGCAUGGUUCUUCUUUGCGGCGAAAUUACAUCAAAGGCAGUGGUCGACUAUCAAAAGGUAGUUCGUGAGACGGUUGAGCAUAUUGGCUAUGAUGACUCCUCGAAGGGUUUCGAUUAUAAAACUUGCAACGUGCUCUUGGCAUUGGAUCAACAAUCGCCCGAAAUUGCUGCCGGUGUGCAUGUAAAUCGCGCUGAGGAAGAAAUCGGUGCCGGAGAUCAGGGUAUUAUGUUCGGCUACGCUACUGAUGAGACAGAAGAGUGUAUGCCUCUAACGGUUGUGCUUGCGCACAAACUGAACGAAAAGAUUGCCGAGCUGCGUCGCUCGGAUGUGUUCUGGUGGGCUCGUCCCGAUUCCAAGACACAAGUCACCUGCGAAUAUUUAUUUAACCAGGGAUCGGCUGUACCCAAGCGUGUGCAUACUAUUGUUGUAUCCAUGCAGCACUCUGAAAAAAUCUCGCUGGAUACUCUUCGUUCGGAGGUUAUGGAAAAAGUGGUUAAAGUUGUCAUUCCCGCCAAAUACUUUGAUGCCAAUACCAUUGUACACAUUAAUCCCUGUGGACUGUUUGUCAUUGGCGGACCAAUGGGUGAUGCUGGUUUGACUGGACGUAAAAUUAUAGUGGACACAUAUGGAGGCUGGGGUGCACAUGGCGGUGGCGCAUUCUCUGGCAAGGAUUUCACAAAGGUCGAUAGGUCAGCAGCGUACGCAGCACGUUGGGUGGCCAAGUCGCUAGUUAAAGCCGGCCUCUGCAAGCGCUGCUUGGUGCAAGUCUCAUAUGCUAUUGGCCUUGCCGAGCCACUUUCGAUAACCGUCUUUGACUAUGGAACUUCCCACAAAUCACAAAAGGAACUACUGGACAUUAUCAAACGCAAUUUUGACCUCAGGCCCGGCAUGAUAGUAAAAGACCUGAAUCUGCGCCAACCAAUUUACCAACGUACUAGCACAUACGGACACUUUGGCCGUGCUGGUUUCUCAUGGGAGGAGGCGAAGCAUUUGGAAAUCAAUUGACUAGACGCUGAAAAUUCGUUGCCACAGUCGCCGUGUGCUAAAAGAUUGAGGACGAUAACAAGAUCAACAGAAACAGCAACAGCAACGUAAUUUUUAGUUUUUAGUUUAAAAAAUAAGUGAGGCCAGCAAGCAAUAGGCUUGGCAGCUUUUUAGACUUUCAUUUCUAAGCUAGAAACUCCCUCUUUAAAUUAUACAUGUGUAUGUAUGUAUAUGCAACCAUUUAUACAGCUUAAUUAUAUUGGGCAUUUUUGCCUAUACUUACAAAAGCAGGCUCAAGUACCAUUUCAAAAGGUUUUAUUAGAAGGAUUUUAUGUUACACAUCAGAUAUAAUUUCUUAUCCGUUUUUUGAUUGUAAACAAAAAAAUAUAUUUAAAAAUAACGAAUAUGCACAUAUUCUUAAUAUUAAUAUGUUGUCUUUUGUCGAAGUUGGUAUAUAAUCAACAUUUUAAACAACCUACUAAUUGUACAUUACUUACACUUUCCAAGUUUUGUAUUUGCCGUAUUUUCCUUUACAAAAAUAUAUUUUUAAAAUACAUGUUAACGUUUUAAAAUUAUUAUUUUCUGUCAAAAAGUCAAAAACACCUUCCUGUGCUGCAAUAAAGAAUGUAGUUUUAUACAUGCAUACAAACAUACUUUAAUAUAAAUAUGCCAGUUUAUGUGUAAAAUAGCUUAAAUUCGGAACAA